AUGACUAAGUUGGCAAAUCGUAUCGUAGGUAGUUCUAACUAUACGGAAAUUGCUUAUUAUAUGAAAGUGUUCGUUCUAGUGGAUACUGUGUCUGCCGCUCAAUCCAGGGGUCGUGGGUCCGAGCCCCACUGGGGUAACGACCAUGUUUUCUCAUAUGACACCACAACAGAAAAAGGAACCUCAGCAGCAAUAGUAGUAGAAGCAUCGGUAGCAACAGAAACAGGGACACCGGCGGCAGUAUUAGAAGUCCGUGCAUCGGCAGCAACAGAUGUACGGGCAUCAGCAGCAUCAGAAGUGCGAGCAUCAGCAGCAACAGAAGUACGAGCAUCGAUCAACAGAAGUAUAGCAUCGAUGGCAACAGAAAUACGAGCAUCGGUAGCAAAAGAAAACGGAACACCGGCGGCAGUAAAAUUAGAAGUAAGAGCAACAGAUGUUAGAAUAUCAGCACAGUCAAACAGAAGAACCAGCAUUGACAGAAAGAGAAGUACGGGCAUCAACAGCAGCAGAAGUACGAGCAUUGGCAGCAGCAAAAAAGUACGAGCAACAGCAGCAGCAGAAGUACGGGCAUCAGCAGAAGCAGAAGUACGAGCAUCAGCAGCAACAUUAGUACGGGCAUCAACAGCAACAGAAGAACGAGCAUUGGCAGCAACAGAAGUACGAGCAUCAAAAGCAGCAGAAGUACGAGCAUCGGCAGUAACUGUAAUAGAAGUACGAGCAUCGGCAGUAACAGAAGUACGAGCAUCAGCAGCAGCAGAAGAACGAGCAUCGGCAGUAACAGAAGUACGAGCAUUAGCAGCAGCAGAAGAACGAGCAUCGGCAGUAACAGAAGUACGAGCAUCGACAGCAACAGAAGUACGAAUAUCGGCAACAACAGCAGUACGGGCACCAACAGCAGCAGAAGUACGAGCAUCAGCAGCAAUUGAAGUACGAGCAUCGGUAACAACAGAAGUACGAGCAUCAUCAGCAGCAGAAAAGUACGAGCAUCAGCAGCAGCAGAAGUACGGGCAUCGGCAGCAACAGAAGUACGAGCUUCAGCAGCAACAGAAGUACGAACAUCAGCAGCUGCUGAAGUACGAGCAUCGGCAGCAACAGAAGUACGGGCAUCAACAGCAGCAGAAGUACGAGCAUCAGCAGCAACACAAAUACGAGCAUCAGCAGCAGCAAAAGUACGAGCGUCAGCAGCAAGAGAACAGCAGCAACAAAACUACGAAGAUCGGCAGCAACAGAAGUACGGGCAUCUGUAACAACAGAAGUACGAGCAUCAGCAGGAGCAGAAGUACGGGCAUCGGUGGCAACAGAAGUACGAGCAUCAGCAGCUACAGAAGUACGAACAGCAGCAGCAGCAGAAGUACGAGCAGCAGCAGGAGAAGUACGAGCAGCAGCAACAACAUAAGUACGAGCAGCAGCAGCUGCAGAAGAACGAGGAGCACCAGCAACAUAAGUACGAGCAUCAACAUCAACAAAAGUACGAAGAUCGGCAUUAACAGAAGUACGGGCAUCGGUAACAACAGAAGUACGAGCACCAGCAGCAACAGAAGUACGGGCAUCAACAGCAGCAGAAGUACGAGCAUCAGCAGCAGGAGAAGUACGAGCAGCAGCAACAACAUAAAUACGAGCAGCAGCAGCAGCAGAAGAACGAGGAGCACCAGCAACAUAAGUACGAGCAUCAGCAUCAACAAAAGUACGAAGAUCGGCAUUAACAGAAGUACGGGCAUCGGUAACAACAGAAGUACGAGCAUCGGCAGCAACAGAAGUACGGGCAUCAACAGCAGCAGAAGUACGAGCAUCAGCAGCAACACAAAUACGAGCAUCAGCAGCAGCAGAAGUACGAGCGUCAGCAGCAAGAGAACAGCAGCAACAAAAGUACGAAGAUCAGCAGCAACAGAAGUACGGGCAUCUGUAACAACAGAAGUACGAGCAUCAGCAGGAGCAGAAGUACAGGCAUCGGCGGCAACAGAAGUACGAGCAUCAGCAGCUACAGAAGUACGAGCAGCAGCAGCAGAAGAAGUACGAGCAGCAGCAGCAGGAGAAGUACGAGCAGCAGCAACAACAUAA